CUCGGCACAAGAACCACUUUGUCCCGGUUAGGGCUCAACCCACACAAGCCGAAAAUUGACCCUGCGAAGCGCCAAACCGCCUGCGACUCUGUGACUUGAAGCCUCUCGCCCAAGCCCCCAAGCCCGUCAGCCCUUGGAAAUCGCGAACUUUUGUCCCUCUUCUCUGCACGGCCAGACAAAGCACCACAAGUUCAAGUCAGAAAGACUCGAAUUCACACAUCAUCCAACAUGUCUCACCCGGGUGCUCAGAUCUCCAAGCGGAGAAAGUUCGUCGCCGACGGUGUCUUCUACGCCGAGCUCAACGAGUUCUUCCAGCGCGAGCUCGCUGAGGAGGGCUACUCGGGCGUCGAGGUCCGCGUCACCCCCACCGUCACCGACAUCAUCGUCCGCGCCACGCACACGCAGGAGGUCCUCGGCGAGCAGGGCCGCCGCAUCCGCGAGCUCACGUCGCUCAUCCAGAAGCGCUUCAAGUUCCCCGAGAACUCCGUCUCCCUGUACGCCGCCAAGGUCCAGAACCGCGGCCUGUCCGCCGUCGCCCAGUGCGAGUCGCUGCGCUACAAGCUGCUCAACGGCCUGGCCGUCCGCCGCGCCUGCUACGGCGUCCUGCGCUUCAUCAUGGAGUCCGGCGCCAAGGGCUGCGAGGUCGUCGUCUCCGGCAAGCUCCGCGCCGCCCGCGCCAAGUCCAUGAAGUUCACCGACGGCUUCAUGAUCCACUCCGGCCAGCCGGCCAAGGACUUCAUCGACAGCGCCACCCGCCACGUCCUGCUCCGCCAGGGCGUCCUCGGCAUCAAGGUCAAGAUCAUGCGCGGCUCCGACCCCGAGGGCAAGGCCGGCCCCCAGAAGUCCCUCCCUGACGCCGUCACCAUCAUCGAGCCCAAGGAGGAGCAGGCCGUCCUCCAGCCCGUCAGCCAGGACUACGGCGCUAAGGCCGCCCAGGCCGUCGCCCAGGGCAGCCAGGACAUCCGCGUUGCCGAGCAGGAGGGCGCCGCGGAGGAGGCCCAGCCCGCUGCCGAGGAGCAGUAGGAUGGUCC